UUAUCGACCAAUUAUCCAUAUUCGUGUGACUCGUGUGACAUGAUGACUGCUGCUGCUUAUUUCUUUGUUUUUUUAAUACUAGUAGCUUUUCUUGAAAGAACAGAGCUCCUGGUUCUUCAAGACUGCUACAGAAAUCCUUGGGAGAAGAAAGAAUGUAUGCUUUUGCCCCUUCAAAUGGACUCGCACAUCACUCUCCACAGAGCAAAAGCUUCAGAAGACGUACUUCGUUACAAAUCCCCAACCAAUUUCAGGUAAAACCACUUACAUUUUCUUACUUACGUUUUUCAAAACCCUCUGGGUUGUCUAUUCGGAAGAAUUUGAAAGCUGUGUCCUCCAUAGCUCCCUCAGCCAUAGAAACCCCCAAAGUCUCAUUCAGAGAGAAAAGCCCAAGUGAGAUCAAUGUUUUGGUUGUGGGUUCAACCGGCUAUAUAGGGAGCUUUGUAGUCACAGAGUUGGUCAAGAGAGGGUUCAACGUUAUAGCGGUUGCUAGGGAGAGAAGUGGGAUUAGGGGUAAGAACGGCAGAGAGCAAACGCUGCAGAGGUUAAAGGGUGCUAAUGUGUGCUUUUCAGAUGUGACUGAUAUGAAUGCCUUGGAGAAGAGCAUAGACCAAUUAGGGUCUCCUAUUGAUGUGGUUGUGUCUUGCCUCGCUAGUCGGAAUGGCGGGGUUAAAGAUUCCUGGAAGAUUGAUUACGAGGCCACGAAGAACAGUCUUAUUGCCGGGAAGAAAUUCGGAGCUACCCAUUUUGUGUUGCUUUCUGCAAUUUGUGUCCAAAAACCCCUUCUUGAAUUCCAAAGAGCCAAGUUGAGGUUCGAGGCUGAUCUGAUAAGAGAAGCCGCGGGUGGUGGUAGAGAGGAGAGGAGGCGGUUCACUUAUAGUAUUGUUCGGCCGACUGCGUUUUUCAAGAGCUUAGGCGGACAAGUCGAAUCCGUGAAAGAAGGAAAGCCUUACAUCAUGUUUGGGGACGGGAAGUUGUGUGCUUGCAAGCCGAUAAGCGAAGCGGAUUUGGCAUCGUUCAUAGCAGAUUGUGUACUGAGUGAUGACAAAAUCAACCGGGUUUUACCUGUUGGUGGUCCUGGGAAGGCAUUGACACCUUUGGAGCAAGGGGAAAUGCUGUUCAGGUUAUUAAGGAAGAAACCUAAAUUUCUUAAGGUACCAAUCCAAAUCAUGGAUUUUGUUAUCGGGCUUCUUGACUUGUUCGUGAAGAUGUUUCCUUCGCUGGAAGAUGCAGCUGAGUUCGGAAAGAUUGGAAGGUACUACGCGGCCGAGAGUAUGUUGGUUUGGGAUCCUGAGAAAGGGGAGUAUGAUGCUGAGAACACUCCAAGUUAUGGAAAUGACACUUUGGAGGAUUUCUUUGAGAAGGUGAUUAGGGAUGGAAUGGCGGGUCAAGAAUUGGGGGAGCAAACCAUUUUCUAAUCUUCUUCCAGUUUCACCCUUUUAUUUUGCAAAUUGAAAUUUCUCAACACCAUUUCACCAAUCUUUAUGACUUCCCCAUUUCUUGUAUAAAAUUUCAAGCAGGUGCAGAGGAUACACCAAUACACCAUUAUGUUUUCUUUCUUUACACCUACAUAGGUGAUUUAAUGUCCAUUGUGUAUGACAUUAAGAAUUGAGGCAGCUAUCUGUUGUUGAUGUUGAGUGUCUUAACAUGCACUUGUAAAGUGAUCAUACAUUUAGCAUUCCGUCUGUGAAGCUUAUUGCGAUCAAAUUAUUCGUCUGAGCUUAAAAUGCUCUUAUAAUAUAAAACUAUGUAUAGCACCCGUGUGAUGUAUGGUAUAUUAUUUCAUUC